AUGCCGCUCAAGUCAAGUACGACGGCGUUCAUGCCGCUCAAGUCCGACGGCUCUCUCUGCAUCAUGGAGGCGCUCCGGAGGAGCGAUCAGCAAGAUCACCACGUGGCGGGCAGUACCGCAAUAGUUCAUACGACCCUGACAGACGUGUCGGCGUCGAUCUUUUGCAGGCACGGAGGAGAAAAAGCGCAGAGCUUCUCCCACAGCAGCAGCAGCAGCACCGCCGCCGAGCGGGAGCGGGAGGGCCACGCCGACGCAGAAGCCACGGCGGCGCAGGUGGAGGCGGCGCUUAACCGCAAGAACGUGGACGUGGUCCAGGGGGAGGACCACACCGCAACGCUGGUCGCGGCCGACGCGGCCGAAGCGCUGUGCGGCGUUGGCGACGGCGACGCCGCCGGCGCCGAGGACGCGUGGGUGCCCGACCAGGAGACGGGCGUGUUCGUCCCGGCCGACGAGGCGUACGGCGACGGGACCGGCAACGGCAACGGCAAUGGGCAUACCGUGUCCGCGUCUCCGUCGGUGCUGGACCAGGCGGUGUUCGUCCGCGAGGAGGACAUGGAGGACAUGGCACCGUGA